GAUACCAAACUCAUGGAUCGCAUUUUACUCCGCCACUUACUUGAUCUCGCGCAAGCGAAGCUAGCAGUCGCGUCUGGACUUCCCAGAAACAACAAGACCUUCCGCAUUACACAGUCAUUCCUCUGGAGAGAGGCACUGUCUUCCUCCCAGACAACCCCUGAGCGCGUGCAAGCUGCCAAGAAAUUAUUGAAUGCACCAGGGUUGUCUCUUGAUGCCGCCACGAAAAAAUUCGCCUUAUCCGACAGCGGGAUGAACAUCGUGGUCCAGAGACCAUCGGUGAUUCGUGACAUGGGAGACAGCGCAGCCCACCCCAAGCAUGUAUCAAGGGAGGCGUUUAAGAAAAUAAUUUCGCGACACGCUGUCGCCGCAAAUCACGACGGACUUCAUGCUAUCUUAGAACUUGUUGAUCCUGUAACUCAGUCCACCUGA